AUGAGACAAAGCAAUAAACUCCACCAUUGUGAACGCUGUGGGAAAGACUUUGCUCGACUGGAGCAUCUCCAGCGACAUGAACGCUCUCACACCAAAGAGAGACCUUUUCAGUGUGCAAUAUGCGUCAAGGCUUUUACUCGGAAGGAUCUUCUUGCUCGUCAUAAUCGACUGACCCACCGUGCGGGUGUUGUUCCGGCGCCAGGACCUCAGGAGGCGCCCUAUUCACCUAACUCAUUAGCCAGAGCUCUAGCAACUGCGGGCGCGAGCGACAUUGAUGGUCUCAUUCCAGACCAACCUCGAGGGGGCAAUCAGCUUGUCGGUAACUUUGCUGAGAACGCGACAUCCGAUUUGCCGCGCGUCCAACCGUGGACCGUGUCAGAUUUGUCAGAUCUGCAGACGUCUUGGGACUUUUCUACAGAUGAUUUCACGUCUUUCAUGGAUAGUGUGGUCAUCCCGAGCAAUCCCUUUUCUCCUUCAUAUCAGCCGAUGCCAACAUUUAGUCCGGAUUAUGCCGUACAUGAACCGUCCUAUGUGAGGCCGAACAUAUCUGCUCAGUUGUUGUUUGGAGGUGGCUUCCAGGAAAUUACUCCAGAUGACACCGCGAUGUCGCCGUUUAGCUCGUGCCUUCCAUCUCUACAGCCAGAGGACGACUCACCAACCCUUGCUCCACCCCGUAGCGCGAGCGGAAAUAGCCAGUUCAUCGUAACUACCGAAUGCCGAGCUCACCUAGAGCAAGAACUGAUUCAACUGGGAGAUAUUGUGCCUGAUGAGUUUGUCCUUCCAUCUCGACAUACUCUUUCUCGGCUUGUAAUCUCGUAUUUCAGAGGUUUCCAUGAGCAUUACCCAUUUCUCCACGCGUCGACCCUCUCCUUAGACAAACUCAGCCCGGGUCCACUCCUAGGAGUUUUUGCCCUUGGUGCCCGAUAUUCCCGAGAGCCAGAAAUGAGUACGGAUCUGUUUAGUGCGGCGAAGGCGGUCGCCCUGGAGCAGAUGCGCCAACAGAGACAGGCUGGGCUCACUGAGACUUUGACUUCAUGGAGAAAGUCUCAAGCCCCCGGUGUUCAGGGAGGUAACGAAAUAUCAACUUCUCAAGGAAAGGACAGUGCCAAGGACCUUGAAUUGAUACAAGCUUUUAUUGUUCUCAUUGCCCUAGCAACGUGGUUCAAUCGCGAGCCCGAUGCAUAUGAGGCGAUGUCAAUGCGGAGUAUCGUUGAUUCACUGCUCCGAGAGAGUGCAAUGGGCGACACCGAGAGUUGUCAGCCGCCCAGCUGGCGGGCUUGGAUCCGAUCAGAAAUGAUGAAGCGCACAAAGCUCGUGGCAUUUUGCCUUUUCAACAUCCACACAAUCGCAGACAGCGAGCAAGCGCGGAAAAAGACAACUAAGUCGGAGGAGGCUCCGGCAAAGUUUCAAGAAUCUCUGGAGCUACUCUUCGAGUAUCACUCAACGUCUGGGCACGAACAACCGGCUCCAUUCUCAUCUCUUGGUGGCUUUGGACUCAUCCAUGCCAUUAUCCAGCGCAUCUGGCUCUUCCGUCACACGCAAUUUUCACGUCAUCGAGAACGCGGUGACCUAGUAUUUUCCGAGAUCGCUCGAUCUCUCAGUACGUGGAGUCCCGGUUUGAUUGCGAAUGAGAAGCUUACUCGAGCUGCCUUGCAUUGUGCUCACGCACUGAGUAUCCCCGUACAGCUCGGUCUGAAAUUUGUGGCCAAGACCCAGGUGGUGUAUUGGUCUAACCAACAUGCUUUCUGUUCAUUAGAAUGUGCUGUGCUUCUGGCUAAAUGGCUCGAAGCAGUCACGCAACCUCACCUGAGUCUAGCUCGUACGCCCGCUGAGGAGAAGGUCUUGGUCUUCGUGGCUCAGUUAAUCAUUGAAACUGACUGCACGCAAAACCUUCAUGGUAUCUUUCAAAAGAGGACUAUGCUGAGUGCGGUGACCGUGAGAUUAUGGGCUGCACUGUAUGACUGCGAUAGCGUUUGGGAACUGGUGAACUUGAUCGGGCAAUCUUUGACGGCCUAUGCAGAUUUACUAGAAGCUCGCUACAGUACACAAAGAACAUUACGAUCAUGA